AUGCCCUUCUUCGCAAACCACCACAGCCACGUGGAAACAUCAAGCGCCGCCGGUAACACGCCGCAGACCCUCCUCCGCGGCCGCACAAGCAUCAGCAGCAGCAGUAGCAGCCGGAGCUUCUCCGGGGUCAAGCAGCCGUCCAUGAUGACUCCUCUCUCGCGCAGCCCCUUGCCGCCCUCUCCGCUGAGCCGGCAAAGACAGCUCCAGCAAGCGAGUCGGCCCAUGGCUAGGAGCAGCACAGCGACCACGACCAGCAGCAUUGGCGCGAGGUCCACCACCACAACCGCCACGGCUGAGGGCAGCAUCUGGACCCCUCCCCUAUCGGCCUUCUCCUCGUCGCCAACUCAGGCAGGGAUCCCCGCGGACAGUUAUGAAAACUACUCCGUCCACAGCUCUUCUUCCCCUUCGUUGCUCAGAGAAGAAGACCUCACGCCAGCCAGCAGCAGCCUCCUCUCGUCCGGCCGCUCCAACACCCUCAAGGCCCAGACCUUCUCCCCCUGCUGCUCCCCGCCGGCGUCCUCUUCCUCUUCUGCAUCCUCGCCCUUGCACAACCACCGACACCACCACCUCCUCCUCCAGCAGCAGCAAGCCGCGCUGGCCUCCUCGCUCCAGCGCUCGUGCUCCUCUCCUUACUCGUGGGCCGCGACACCGCUCUCCUCGUCGGUCAUGAUGGACCACCAGCAAGAUGCGAAGAACGACCGCACCGAGAUGUGGCUGUCGGACAACAUGCCCUGCUGCGAGGACGAGGACAGCAGCGUCGUCAUCGACGGCCUGCCCUCCGCGACCCAGCCGUCGGUCUAUCCCAUGCCCGUCCCCUACGCAGGCGCCUCCUACGACGCCGGCUCCUCCGCCGGCGGCGCCAACUACGACGCCGGUGCGGCGCCGCCGCCGUCGGCCUACCACUCCCCGACAAGCUACCUCGUCGCCGGCGACCCCUACGACAUGGGCAUGCACAACCCGCUCCCGCAGGACGACAUGAUGAGCAACUCGGAGUACGACAUGGCGGCCGGGCAGAGCUACCACCACCACCACCUCGUCAAGGUCGAGGACGGCCUGCCCCGCGAGCGCUACGCCGUGCACUACCCGGAGCACCACCUCGACAUGCACAGCGGCGGCCACAACGCCCAUCCCAUGAUGAUGGGCCCGGCCCCGCCGUUUGACACGCGCGCGGGUUCCGUCGCGGGCACGGCGUCAGCAGCAGCAGAGGCCGACGAGCCGUACGCGCAGCUCAUCUUCAAGGCGUUCAUGAGCGUGCCGACGCACGCCAUGACCAUCCAGGAGCUGUACCAGUGGUUCCGGGACAACACCAACAAGGCCAAGGGCCAGGGCCAGGGGUGGCAGAACAGCAUACGGCAUAACCUCAGCAUGAACGAUGCCUUCAUCAAGCGCGAGCGCAAAGUACCGCCGCCGCCGCAGACUACGACCAAGCAGUCCUCGUCGGGGACCUCCGUCACCACGACGCAGGAGGAUGACGACGUCGCUGUCGCUAUCGAUGCUCCUGCUGCUGCCGCCGCCGCCGGAGCCGGAACAACAACGAGAAGCAAGACAUCGUCAAACAGCACGGGGAGGCAUAACUCCAGGAAGAACGGCGGCGCCGCGGCGCAGCCCAAGCCGCCUUCGGAAUGGGUCCUGGCUCCCUUCGCCAUCCAGCAGGGCUACGUCAUCAGCACGACGCGCUACCGCAAGCAGGCCGCCAGCAAGAGCAAGGCCGCCGCCGCUGCUGCUGCCGCUGCUGCCCAUCACCAUCAGCAGCACCACUACCUGCCCGCGCGCGCCGUGUCCGGCCGCAAGGGCGGCCUCUCGAGCCAUAGGUCCCGCGCCAAGAUGAUGGCCCAGCAGCAGCAGCAGCAGCAGCCGCGGAGCGCCGGCGGCGCAGAGGGCUACUACAUGCGCGGCCAGCCCGCCGGCGUGUACCCGCAGGUCCGCGCCGCCUACGCGGGGGGCCACUACGGCAGCCUCGACAGCAGCGGCGCGUACGGCACCGCCCCGGAGAUGGAGAUGCUCGGCCUCGAGACCGCGGCGCACUACGGAACUUACCCUCCCCCGGCGGCGGCCUCGCAUCAGUACCACCGGCUGUACGACUACAUCUCCCCCACGGACGCUGCGCCGGAGUACCAUCAGCAGCAGCAACAGCAGCAGCACUACGACGGCGGUGUGGUCGUCCCGCCGCCCGGCCUGAUGAUGGCCCGCGCGCCGACCGUCAAGAGCGAGUCCCUGGCCGACGAGCCCCUGACGCCCACCGACGGCGGCGGCAGCGACUUGGCGGCGCCCUUCCUGACGCAGUCGCAGUCGCAGCAGUCGUGUGCCGAGGGCGCCAGCGCCAGCGGUAUGCUCUUUUCGCAGGGCAGCGCCGGCAGCGGCGGCGGUUUCCCCUACGGCCUGGGCGACGUGGUCGACGUCUACGAGGCGGGCUCGUCGCCUGAGGGCAACCUACCCCUGUUUGCGGGCGCUUCCUCUGCGGAGGACGUGGCCCAGCUGCUUGAUGGCAGCAGCUGCCAGUACCCCCGGGAGUGGACGCAGACUACUCCUGGCUCUGAGGCCGGUGCUGGCAGUGUCGAUGGCGGGAGCGACGGUGGUUUCUCUUUCCAGUGA